AUGGAGCAGCCUAACAGAGAAGGCCACAGCCCAGGAAGGACCCCUCAGGGCCCAGAGUGCAGCAGUACUCCUGUGGGCCAAGAGUGUAGUCUGAGAGACCUGGAGCAUAACCUGGAGAGCAUUCUUCAGGGACCAGAUUCUGGGUCGGAGAAGCUUCCUCCAAGCCCUGACACCAAGACCCCACCUUUGCCCCUGACUGCAGCCUCACCCACGCCCUCAGACUUGGGGCAGCCCCAGAAGUUGCCCCUGAUGGGCACUGAUAAGAAGUACCCGCUGAUGAAGCAGCGUGGGUUCUACUCUGACAUCCUCAGCCCUGGAAGCUUGGAUAAACUUGGGGAAGUGUGUCGUGGCCCCUGCACGAACCAGGACCUCCUGCGGCAGGCCAACCUUAACAAGUUCACCCCAAGAGUCAGAACCUUUGAGGUUCCCGAGGACUUCGAGGAGUGCCUGGAGCAUCAGCACAUCGGGUGUACCACCAAGCUGCUCGCCCAGACUGACUUCCCGUUGCAGGCCUAUGAGCCCAAGGUGCAGGUGCCCUACCUGGUGCUGCCGGGCCAGUGCCCCCGCAAGAUUGAGAUUGAGCGGAGGAAGCGGCUGUACCUGAGCCUGGACAUUGAGCAGCUGCUGGUCAGCGAGGGCAUUGACUCCGACAAGCUCAUGCCCAGGCACCCAGACCCCCACCACCCCCAGACCAUUGAGCAGGGUCAUGACCCGCUCUUCCCCAUCUAUCUCCCACUGAAGGUAUUUGACAAUGAGGAGUUUGACUGCCGGACUCCCAGUGAGUGGAUCAACAUGGGCUUGGAGCCAGGGUCUCAGAACAGGAAACCUGUCCCCGGAAAAGCCCUCCUGCCCACCGAUGACUUCCUGGGGCACGAGGAUCCCAAGAGUCAGAAGCUGACGUACAAAUGGUGCGAUGUCGGCGUCCUGGACUAUGACAAGGAGAAGAAGCUGUACCUAGUGCACAAGACGAAUGAGGAUGGUUUGGUGCGAGAUGAGACGGGGAAGCCCAUCCUGAAUGGAGGGGUAACGGCUGAAGGAAGGCCGCCCCUCCUGAUCUGCCAGUAUUGGGUGCCAAGGAUCCAGCUUCUCUUCUGUGCUGAGGACCCACGUGUCUUCACACAACGUGUGGUCCAGGCCAACGCCCUGCGCAAGAACACGGAGGCGCUGCUGCUCUACAACCUGUAUGUGGACUGCAUGCCCUCUGAGGGCCAACGGCUCAUCAAUAAGCAGAGCCUGAGCAAGAUCAAGCAGUGGGCCAUGAGCACACCUCGGAUGCGCAAAGGGCCCUCCGUUCUGGAGCACUUCAGCAAUCUCUCCAGAGAAGUGAACCUGGACUACGAGCGCAGCAUGAACAAGAUCAACUUUGACAAAAUCAUCUCCUCCAAGCCCAAGACGUUCUCCUAUGUGACCCUGCCUGAGAAAGAGGAGGAGAAGGUGCCCAAGCAAGGACUGUUGAGUGUCCCCCAGUACCCAUUCCUGGAGCAGAAGGCAGACUUCACCUUCGUGUCCUUGCUCACGCGGUCGGAGGUCAUCACGGCCCUCAGCAAGGUGCGGGCCGAGUGCAGCAAGGUGACCGCUAUGUCCCUCUUCCACUCGAGCCUCUCCAAGUACAGCCGCCUAGAGGAGUUCGAGCAAAUCCAAUCACAGACCUACUCCCAGGUGCAGAUGUUCCUCAAGGACAGCUGGAUCACCACGCUCAAGGUGGUCAUGCGCAGCAGCCUGCGUGACAUGAGCAAGGGCUGGUACAACCUCCACGAGACCAACUGGGAGGUGUACCUCAUGUCGAAGCUGCGCAGGCUGAUGGAGCUGCUCAAGUACAUGCUGCAGGACACGCUGCGCUUCCUGGUGCAGGACUCUCUCGCCAGCUUCGCGCAGUUCAUCAGCGAUGCCUGCUGCAGCGUGCUCGACUGCGCCGACGACAUGGUCUGGGGCGAAGACUUCAUAAACAGCCCCUACAGGCCCCGCAAGAAUCCCCUGUUCAUCGUGGACCUGGUGCUGGACAGCUCAGGGGUGCACUACAGCACGCCGUUGGAGCAGUUCGAGACUUCUCUGCUCAACCUCUUUGACAAGGGCAUCCUGGCCACCCACGCGGUGCCCCGGCUGGAGAAGCUGGUGAUGGAGGACAUCUUCAUCAGCGGUGACCCACUGCUGGAGUCAGUGGGGCUUCAUGAGCUGCUGGUGGAGGAGCUGCGGGCCGUCAUCUCCAAUGCUGUGUGCAAGGCCAUGAUCCCACUGCAGGCCUACGCCAAGGAGUACAGAAAGUACCUGGAACUGAACAACAAUGACGUUGGCACCUUCCUCAAGGCCUUCCAGACGCAGUGCCCGUCGGCCGAGGAGGUGCGGGAGGUGGUGCUCACCCACCUGCAGGAGAAAGAGAUCGUGGACAGCUCGUUGCCCAGCAUCAUCAUCAUCGGGCCCUUCUACGUCAACGUCGACAAUGUCAAACAGAGCCUGUCCAAGAAGUGCAAGGCCCUGGCCACUUCCAUGCUGGACAUCCUGGCUAAGAAUCUGCACAAGGAGGUGGAUGAUAUCUGUGAAGGGUUCCGCAGAAUCAGCCGCAAGAUCUACGAGAAGCCCGGCAGCAUUGAGGAGCUGGCUGAGCUUCGUGAGUGGAUGAAGGGCAUCCCCGAGAAGCUGGUGGGGCUGGAGGAUCGGAUUGUGAAGGUCAUGGACGACUACCAAGUCAUGGACGAGUUCUUUUACAACCUCAGCACAGAUGACUUCAAUGACAAAUGGGCUGCCAGCAGCUGGCCUGCUAAGAUCCUCGGGCAGAUAGAGAUGGUACGGCAGCAACACAUGGAAGAUGAGGAGAAGUUCCGCAAAAUCCAGAUCAUGGAUCAGAACAACUUCCAGGAGAAGCUGGAAGGGCUGCAGCUGGUGGUAGCUGGCUUCUCCACCCACGUGGAGAUUGUGCGAGCGCAUGAGAUUGCCAACGAGGUGCGGCGGGUCAAGAAGCAGCUGAAGGACUGCCAGCAGCUGGCGAUGCUCUACAACAACCGCCAGCGCAUCUUUGGCUUGCCCGUCACCAACUAUGACAAGCUCUCCAGGAUGGUGAAGGAGUUCCAGCCCUACCUGGACCUCUGGACCACAGCCUCCGACUGGCUGCGCUGGUCGGAGAGCUGGAUGAACGACCCCCUGUCAGCCAUCGACGCAGAGCAGCUGGAGAAGAACGUCAUCGAGUCGUUCAAGACCAUGCACAAGUGCGUGAAGCAGUUCAAGGACAUCCCAGCCUGCCAGGAUGUGGCCUUAGACAUCCAGGCCCGCAUUGAGGAGUUCAAGCCGUACAUCCCGCUGAUCCAGGGGCUGCGCAACCCUGGUAUGAGGACCCGGCACUGGGACAUGCUGUCCAGUGAGAUCAACAUUAAUGUCAGGCCCAAGGCCAACCUGACCUUCGCCCGCUGCCUUGAGAUGAACCUGCAGGACCACAAUGAGAGCAUCAGUAAGGUGGCCGAGGUGGCUGGCAAGGAGUAUGCCAUCGAGCAGGCACUGGACAAGAUGGAGAAGGAGUGGUCCACCAUCCUGUUCAACGUGAUGCCCUACAAGGAGACAGAGACCCACAUCCUCAAGAGCCCAGAUGAGGCCUCUCAACUGCUUGAUGACCACAUCGUCAUGACCCAGAGCAUGACCUUCUCGCCCUACAAGAAGCCCUUCGAGCAACGCAUCAACUCCUGGGAGAACAAGCUGAAGCUGACCCAGGAGGUGCUAGAGGAGUGGCUGAAUUGUCAGCGGGCUUGGCUCUACCUGGAGCCCAUCUUCAGCUCCGAGGACAUCAACAGGCAGUUGCCGGUAGAGAGCAAGCGCUACCAGACCAUGGAGAGGAUCUGGAAGAAGAUCAUGAAGAAUGCCUACGAGAACCGGGAGGUGAUCAAUGUGUGCUCUGACCAGAGGCUGCUGGACAGCCUGCAGGACUGCAACAAGCUGCUGGACAUGGUGCAGAAGGGCCUCAGCAAGUACUUGGAGACCAAGAGGAGUGCCUUCCCCAGAUUCUACUUCCUGUCUGAUGAUGAGCUACUCGAGAUCUUGUCCCAGACGAAAGACCCCACAGCUGUGCAGCCCCACCUGCGCAAGUGCUUUGAGAACAUCGCCCAGCUGCUCUUCCAGGAGGACCUGGAGAUCACACAUAUGUACUCGGCAGAGGGUGAGGAGGUGCAGUUGUCCUUCUCCAUCUACCCGUCCAGCAACGUGGAGGACUGGCUGCGAGAGGUGGAACACAGCAUGAAGGCCAGUGUGCGGGACAUCAUUGAGAGAGCCAUCAAGGCCUACCCCACAAUGCUCAGGACUCAGUGGGUUCUGAACUGGCCUGGCCAGGUGACCAUCGCCGGGUGCCAGACCUAUUGGACCAUGGAGGUGGAAGAGGCUCUGGAGGCCAGCAACCUCAGUACCCAGCUGUUCCCCCAGCUCGCCCGGCAGCUCAGUGACCUGGUGGCAAUGGUGCGGGGGAAGCUGUCCCCCAUGCAGCGAGCCUUGCUGUCAGCGCUAAUCGUCAUCGAGGUCCACGCCAAGGAUGUGGUGAACAAGCUGAUCCAGGAGAAUGUGGUCAGUGUGAAUGACUUCGAGUGGAUCUCACAGCUGAGGUACUACUGGAUGAAUAACAACCUGUACAUCCGGGCCGUGAAUGCCAAGUUCAUCUAUGGCUACGAGUACCUAGGCAACACUGGGAGGCUGGUGAUCACGCCCCUCACAGACAGGUGCUACCUGACCCUGACUGGGGCCCUGCACCUCAAGUUUGGGGGUGCCCCAGCUGGCCCAGCUGGCACAGGGAAAACUGAGACCACAAAAGACCUGGGAAAGGCCUUGGCCAUCCAGACCGUUGUGUUCAACUGCUCCGACCAGCUCGACGUCAUGGCCAUGGGCAAGUUCUUCAAGGGCCUGGCCAGUGCUGGGGCCUGGGCCUGCUUCGAUGAGUUCAAUCGCAUCGAUAUCGAGGUGCUGUCUGUGGUGGCGCAGCAGAUCACCACCAUCCAGAAGGCGCAGCAACAGCGGGUGGACCGCUUCAUGUUUGAAGGCGUUGAGAUCCCACUUGUGCAGUCCUGCGCUGUGUUUAUCACCAUGAACCCGGGAUACGCUGGUCGCACGGAGCUGCCCGAUAACCUGAAGGCGCUAUUCCGGCCUGUGGCCAUGAUGGUUCCGGAUUACGCCAUGAUCGCUGAGAUCUCCCUCUACUCCUUUGGCUUCAACGAGGCCAAUGUGCUGGCCAAGAAGAUCACGACCACCUUCAAGCUGUCCUCCGAGCAGCUCAGUUCCCAGGAUCACUAUGACUUCGGGAUGAGAGCUGUGAAGACUGUGAUCUCAGCUGCCGGGAACCUUAAGCGAGAAAACCCCAGCACGGAUGAGGAGCUGAUUUGCCUCCGGGCCAUCCGAGACGUGAACGUGCCCAAGUUCCUGCAGGAGGACCUCAAGCUCUUCUCUGGGAUCGUGUCUGACCUGUUCCCCACCAUCAAGGAGGAGGUAACUGACUACGGCAUCCUGGAUGAGGCCAUACGCAAGGCCUGUGAGAAGAACAACCUCAAGGACGUGGAUGGAUUCCUGACCAAGUGUAUCCAGCUGUAUGAGACCACGGUGGUGCGGCACGGCCUCAUGCUCGUUGGGCCCACAGGCUCUGGCAAGAGUAACUGUUACAGAAUCCUGGCAGCUGCCAUGACGUCACUGAAAGGGCAGCCGUCCAUCAGCGGCGGUGUAUACGAGGCCGUCAACUACUACGUGCUCAACCCCAAGUCCAUCACAAUGGGCCAGCUGUACGGGGAGUUUGACCUGCUCACCCAUGAGUGGACAGAUGGGAUUUUCUCCUCCCUCAUCCGGGUGGGGGCCAUCGCCUCUGACACCAACAAGAAGUGGUACAUGUUCGAUGGGCCGGUGGACGCCGUCUGGAUUGAGAACAUGAACACGGUGCUGGACGACAACAAGAAGCUGUGCCUCAGCUCCGGGGAGAUCAUCAAGCUCACAGAGGCUAUGACCAUGAUGUUUGAGGUGCAGGACCUGGCAGUGGCCUCCCCAGCCACAGUAUCCCGCUGCGGUAUGGUGUACCUGGAGCCCAGCAUCCUGGGGCUCAUGCCCUUUGUCGAGUGCUGGCUGAGGCGUCUCCCUGCUUUACUCAAGCCCUUUGAGGAGCAGUUCAAGGCCCUCUUUGUCAGCUUCCUGGAGGGGUCCAUCACUUUCGUCCGGUCCUCAGUGAAGGAGGUGAUUACCUCAACCAACAGCAACCUGACCAUGAGUCUCCUCAAGCUGCUGGACUGCUUCUUCAAGCCCUUCCUGCCUAAAGAGGGCCUCAAGAAAAUACCUCCCGAAAAGCUGAGUCGCAUCCCAGAGCUGAUCGAGCCCUGGUUCAUCUUCUCCCUGAUCUGGAGUGUGGGUGCCACAGGGGACAGCGCCAGUCGCAUCAGCUUCAGCCACUGGCUCAGGAUCAAGAUGAAGACAGAAAACCUGACCUUGCUCUUUCCGGAGGAGGGGCUGGUGUUUGAUUACAGGCUGGAGGACGGCGGCAUCAGCAGCACCACUGACAAUGAGGACGAUGAUGAGGGCAAGCAGGUUGCCUGGGUGAAGUGGAUGGACUCCUCAGCUUCGUUCACCAUGAUGCCAGAUACCAACUACUGCAACAUCAUCGUGCCAACCAUGGACACCAUCCAGAUGUCCUACCUGCUAGACGUGCUACUCACCAACCACAAGCCCGUGCUGUGCAUCGGGCCAACAGGCACAGGGAAGACCCUCACCAUCUCCAACAAGCUUCUCAAGAACCUGCCGCUGGAAUACAUCAGCCACUUCCUCACCUUCUCUGCCCGCACCUCAGCCAACCAAACCCAGGACCUCAUCGACAGCAAGCUGGAUAAGAGGCGGAAGGGCGUGUUCGGGCCACCCCUGGGGCACAACUUCAUCUUCUUCAUCGAUGACUUGAACAUGCCGGCCUUGGAGACAUAUGGCGCCCAGCCGCCCAUUGAGCUUUUGCGCCAGUGGAUGGACCACGGCGGCUGGUAUGACCGCAAGAUCAUCGGAGCCUUCAAGAGCCUGGUGGACAUCAACUUUGUCUGUGCCAUGGGACCCCCCGGUGGAGGCAGGAAUGCUAUCACUCCACGGCUGACCCGCCACUUCAACUACCUGUCCUUUGCUGAGAUGGAUGAGGUCAGCAAGAAGCGCAUCUUCUCCACCAUCCUGGGCAGUUGGAUGGAUGGACUCCUCGGAGAAAAGAGUUACCGGGAGCCCGUGCCUGGGGCCCCCAACAUUUCCCACUUCACGGAUCCCCUGGUGGAAGCCACCAUCAUGGUGUACUCCACCAUCACCUCCCAGCUGCUGCCCACCCCAGCCAAAUCCCACUACACUUUCAACCUGAGGGAUCUCUCCAAGGUCUUCCAGGGCAUGCUCAUGGCCGACCCGGCCAAGGUCGAGGACAAGGUGCAGCUGCUGCGCCUGUGGUACCACGAGAGCUGCCGUGUGUUCCGCGACCGCCUGGUGAACGAGGAGGACCGCGGUUGGUUUGACAAGCUCCUGGAGAGCCGCAUGGAGCAGUGGGAGGUGGCCUUCGAAGAGGUCUGCCCCUUCCAGCCCAUCCUCUAUGGGGACUUCAUGUCGCCAGGCUCCGACGUCAAAUCCUAUGAGCUCAUCACCAGCAAGAAGAAGAUGAUGCAGGUGAUUGAGGAGUACAUGGAGGACUACAACCAGAUCAGCACAGCCAAGCUGAGGCUGGUCCUCUUCAUGGACGCCGUGAGCCACGUCUGCCGCAUCAGCCGCACCCUGCGCCAGGCGCUGGGCAACGCGCUCCUGCUGGGUGUGGGCGGCAGCGGCCGCAGGUCCCUCACGAGACUGGCCUCGCACAUGGCCGAGUAUGAGUGCUUCCAGAUUGAGCUGUCCAAGAACUAUGGCAUGACCGAGUGGCGUGAUGAUGUCAAGAAGGUCUUGCUCAAGGCUGGCCUGCACAGCCUGCCCAUCACCUUCCUGUUCUCAGAUACCCAGAUCAAGAAUGAGUCCUUCCUAGAGGACAUUAAUAAUGUCCUGAACUCAGGCGACAUUCCCAACCUCUACAACACGGAUGAGCAGGACCAGAUUGUCAACACCAUGCGGCCCUACGUCCAGGAGCAGGGCCUGCAGCCCACCAAGGCCAACCUCAUGGCUGCCUACACUGGGCGUGUGCGCAGCAGCAUCCACCUGGUGCUGUGCAUGAGCCCCAUUGGAGAGGUCUUCCGAGCUCACCUAAGGCAGUUCCCCUCCCUGGUCAACUGCUGUACCAUCGACUGGUUUAAUGAGUGGCCGGCAGAGGCCCUGGAGUCUGUGGCCACCGUGUUCCUGAACGAGAUCCCAGAGCUGGACGCCACCCCCAAAGUAAUUGAAGGACUGAUUCAGGUUUGCGUGUAUAUCCACCAGUCGGUGGCCAAGAAAUGUGUUGAGUAUCUGGCCGAGCUGGUCCGCCACAACUAUGUGACCCCCAAGAGCUACCUGGAGCUGCUCAAUAUUUUCUCCAUCCUCAUCGGGCAGAAGAAACAGGAGCUGAAAACCGCUAAGAACCGCAUGAAGGGUGGCCUCGACAAGCUGCUGCGCACUUCGGAGGAUGUGGCCAAGAUGCAGGAAGAGCUGGAGAUUAUGCGCCCCCUGCUGGAGGAGGCUGCCAAGGAGACCACGCUCACCAUGGAGCAGAUCAAGGUGGACACAACCAUUGCUGAGGAGUCCCGGAAUUCAGUGCAAGCAGAGGAGAUCAAGGCCAAUGAGAAGGCCAGGAAGGCACAAGGUAUUGCUGACGAUGCCCAGAAGGAUCUGGAUGAGGCUCUGCCCGCCCUGGAUGCAGCCCUGGCCAGUUUGCGCAACCUCAACAAGAAUGAUGUGACCGAGGUGCGUGCCAUGCAGCGGCCACCCCCAGGCGUGAAGCUGGUCAUAGAAGCUGUGUGCAUCAUGAAGGGUAUCAAGCCCAAGAAGGUCGCUGGAGAGAAGCCUGGCUCCAAGGUGGAUGACUACUGGGAGCCAGGCAAGGGGCUGCUGCAGGACCCCGGCCGCUUCCUGGAGAGCCUCUUCAAGUUUGACAAGGACAACAUUGGGGAGGCGGUGAUCAAAGCCAUCCAGCCAUACAUCGACAAUGAAGAGUUCCAGCCGGCCGCCAUCGCCAAGGUGUCCAAGGCCUGCACCUCCAUCUGCCAGUGGGUGCGCGCCAUGCACAAGUACCACUUCGUGGCCAAGGCCGUGGAGCCCAAGCGGCAAGCCCUGCGAGAGGCCCAGGAUGACCUGGAGGUGACACAGAGGAUCCUGGAGGAAGCGAAGCAGCGUCUGCACAAGGUGGAGGAUGGCAUUGCCACGAUGCAGGCCAAGUACCGAGACUGCAUUGCCAAGAAGGAGGAACUGGAGCUGAAGUGUGAGCAGUGCGAGCAGCGGCUGGGCCGCGCCCACAAGCUCAUCAACGGGCUGUCAGACGAGAGGGUGCGCUGGCAGGAUACGGUGGAGAACCUGGAACACACGCUUGACAACAUCUUCGGGGACGUGCUGGUGGCUGCUGGCUUUGUGGCCUACCUGGGCCCCUUCACGGGCCAGUACCGCACGGUGCUCUACGACAGCUGGGUCAGGCAGCUCACGACCCACCAUGUCCCACACACCUCCGAGCCCACGCUAAUUGGGACCCUGGGGAACCCCGUGAAGAUCCGCUCGUGGCAGGUUGCUGGCCUCCCCAACGACACACUGUCAGUGGAGAAUGGGGUCAUCAACCAGUUCUCCCAGCGCUGGACCCACUUCAUUGACCCUCAGAGCCAGGCCAACAAAUGGAUCAAGAACAUGGAGAAGGACAGUGGGCUGGAUGUGUUCAAGCUGAGCGACCGCGACUUCCUGCGCAGCAUGGAGAAUGCCAUCCGCUUUGGCAAGCCCUGCCUUCUAGAGAACGUGGGCGAGGAGCUGGAUCCCGCCCUGGAGCCCGUGCUGCUCAAGCAGACUUACAAGCAGCAGGGGAACACGGUGCUGAAGCUGGGAGACACGGUGAUCCCCUACCACGAGGACUUCAGGAUGUACAUCACCACCAAGCUGCCCAACCCACACUACACGCCCGAGAUCUCCACCAAGCUCACCCUCAUCAACUUCACCCUGUCUCCCAGGUGAGCCCUUGGUCCCUGGGCCCCCGAGCAUCA